AUGCGCAACCUCGCGCUCUACAAGUCCAUAUGCACUUCUCUAGAGAGGCCCGCCGACUUCAAUUUUCUGAAUGAGAACACCAGAAUAUGUGCUGUUGCUGUUGACACAGAUCAGGAUGCUCUAUACGUUGCAUCAGAUUUCUUCAAGGACGGCGGGGACGUUACUCUCGAAAUCUGGAGAAUUACCGGAGGAGAUAGUACGCAAGCGGAAAGUCAAAACGAUAUUCCAAAUGCAAGUCGGAUAGCGACUUUUACUACGCCGCCAUCCGCAGCAAGCAACCCCUGGACAUCUCCAGUACCAACAUCCUCCAAUCAUAUGAAUGAGAUUAUCUCGUUGAGACUUCUCGCCGAUACGCGUACUCUCGCUUUGAUUACUCGAGGAGGAGACAUUGCGACUCUCAUGGUGGACGAGGAUAUGAGAGAGGUCGAAGUUGUCGGUUCUAUAUCUGCUGGAAUCCUCGCUUCGUCUUGGGGAUCCGAUGAUUCAUUACUAGCCUUGGUUACUGGUCGGUUCAUCUUCGUUUAUCGGUCCUUGCUUCCACUGAACGUGCUCGUCUUCCCUCGCGAUGACAAAUUAAUUCUGAUGACUUCCACGUUCGAUGUCCUGUGCGAGAACGCACUGCAUCCUACUGAAUUUGGAGAAGAUGCGCCAAUUACACUUGGGUGGGGUACCAAGCAAACCCAGUUCCACGGUUCAUUGGGAAAAACUGCAGCGCAAGCAGCGCUUGAUCUCUCAGAAGUCGGUACUAGUCCAGACGAUGACGGGCUUCCCCACAUCAGCUGGCGCGGAGAUGGUGCAUUCUUCUCGGUAUCGGUGCUGUCGCCAUCAUCUUAUCAAGCCAUUAGUACUCGUCGUCUGCGUAUACUGCGCAUUUAUUCGCGUGAAGGUGCCUUACAGAGUACUGCAGAGCCUGUUCCUGGCCUUGAACAUGCACUUAGCUGGCGUCCCUCGGGCAACCUAAUAGCAGGAACUCAACGUUUUGGCCCGGGUUCGGGAAAUGCAGACGAAGCGGGCUUGGGGAAGGGCAAGGAAGGGAGGCAUGAUGUCGUGUUCUUCGAGCGCAACGGGCUUCGUCACGGAGAAUUCCAGCUGAAAGAGUGGAGAGACGGACAUUCAAGGAGAAAGGAGAUGAAUGACGCCAAUGAUAGCGUUGUUCGAAGAUGGGGCUAUAGUGUGCGAGAUGUUGGUUGGAGUGCGGACUCCAAUGUACUGAGUGUAUGGAUUGAAGGAGAUGGCGGGGACGUUGUGCAAUUGUGGACAAUAGGGAACUAUCACUGGUACUUGAAACAAGAAAUAUCAGCCCCACCCACUCUUGUUGGUCCGGGACGCUUUACUUCAGUAACUUGGCAUCCUGAAGAUGCGCUACGAAUUAUCCUGACAACGUCCUCGGAGAUUAUGCAGCGUACAUAUGCAUGGGAGACGUUCGCUUCAAGUGCUAAGUCACCCGUAGACACUGGCUCCGUCGCAGUCAUGGAUGGUGUUGACAUUCUGCUCACUCCCUUCCGCACGCAAAAUGUGCCCCCUCCCAUGUCGUCCUUCGUUCACACACCCCACUUACCGGCAAUGCAACAGACACUUCAGCUCUCACGAAUCCCGAUGCCCAUCCACGUAUCGUUCUCCUCCUCUCGUGACCUCCUCGCCGUUUUGUGGGAGUCUGGGCUGGUUGAGCUGACAGACCUGCGGACGCGCAUUAACGGUAGUCGCGGGAGGGUCAUGGAUACUCUCAAGAUAUGGGCCGGUAUUAUCAACAGAGCACUGGGAAUUUCGUCAUGCCGACAAAUUGCCUUGUGGAUCCCUGGGGGGGAGUUACACAACAAGAGUGAAGGCGAUGCGGAAGUCGUACAUGUAGCCGUACUGGGCGCAGAAACGAACGAGGAUGCGCAUGAUGUUGUUUGCUGUGUAGCGGUCAAAGGCGGAGAGGUUGUAGAGGAGAGCAUAGCGCCGAUGCCCUCAUCGAAUGGAAGGCUGGUCCCAGCGUUUACAGGAAUCACAUGGCAGUCACCAAACGGUGAACUCUUUGUUGUUGAUCAAUCCACACAUACACCUAUAUCCAAGGCCCGCUUCCCCGAAUUCUGCUUCUCAGCAGUACAAGAACCCAUUCAACCGGUAAGAGGAAGUAGAAGCAUUGUCGACGAGGAUGCCGCUGCGACAAACCCUUCCUCCUUGUUCAUAGGCCUGUCCAACGGUGGAAAACUGCAGGUUGCUGACGACACGGGAGCGGUUCGGACCCUGUCCAGUAACGUGAACUCUUUUACUGUUGCUUCAGGGUUCUUGACCUUCACAACCACUGCUCACAAUGUCCAGUUUGCUCCUAUCGACCAGCUUACCACUGUGCUACAUCCCCAUAUCGCUGAGACGGUCCCUGCGCUGCCAGAAUGGGAAACACGGAGAGUUGAGAGAGGGUCAAGGAUUGUCACCGCUGUCCCGAGUACAAUGAGCCUGAUAUUGCAAAUGCCAAGAGGCAACCUUGAAACCAUCAAUCCCAGGCCGUUCGUCAUGAAUAUCGUGCGGCACGAAAUUGACGACGGCAAUUAUGGGAAAGCAUUCUUGGCAUGUCGCAAGCAUCGUGUUGACUUGAACGUACUAGUUCAACAUAAUCAAGCAGCAUUCAAGGAGCGAAUACCUUCAUUUAUCGAACAAAUAGAUGAUGUGGACUAUAUCAACUUGUUUUUGACUAACCUGGGGCAAGGCCCUCUCCCGGCGAAUGAUAUCGCUGACUUAUGCGAUAGCAUCCGUGCUGAAUUGGAGAAGAAAGAUCUGAAUAGAUAUAUUAACUCAAUUUUGACUGCUCACGUCGUCAAGACGCCACCAGAUCACGAAGCUGGAUUGGCACUGCUACUUCGUCUCCGAGGCUCUGAGCCGCAACUAGUCGAGGAUGCAGUCAAGUACAUUAUUUUCCUUGUCGACGCUGACAGACUCUUCGACAUUGCCCUCGGAAUGUAUGAUUUUUCUCUCGUUUUGAUGAUCGCUCAGCAUGCGCAGAAGGAUCCUAGAGAAUACCUUCCGUUCCUACGCGAGCUCCGCGCUUUGGAUCAUCAUUACCAACGCUUCAAGAUUGAUGACCAUCUUAAGAGGUAUCAGAAGGCUCUCACAGAUUUGUCCCUCGCUGGGUCAGAGCGAUUUGAUGAGGCCAUGCUCUAUGUUGAGAAACACAAACUCUAUGACUACGCCCUGUCGUUGUGGCAAGCGACUGAGCAGUACGAUUCUGUUCUCAAUGUAUACGGCAAUUGGCUCUUUGAGCGUCGAGACUUCAGGGAAGCGGCGUUUGUAUUCCGCCAGGCCAACAAGAAUUCCAAAGCUUUGGUCGCUUAUGAAAAGGCCCUUGAAUGGCAAGAAUUGUUCGAGCUCGCGAUACAAGUAGAGACGUCGAAAGAUGACUUAGCAUCCAUGGCGUAUCGUGUCGCAGAAGAUCUGUCGUCGAAGAAGCGGCAUAUGGAUGCGGCGCGCGUGUUGCUCGAUUAUGCGGAGGACGUGCGUGAGACCGUCGGCGUGCUUGUGCGAGGAAGCCACUUUUCUGAAGCACGGCGAAUAAUUACCCUCCGCGCAUAUCCAGAGUUCUUGGAAGACCUCGUCUACCCAGGCGUUCUUGAAAGUCGCGCACAGAUCGCGGAGGAGAUUGGUGAGAUGCAGGACCAGCUGCGAAAACAGGUCCAGCGCGUUCAUGAGUUGCGGGUGCGCAAGGUCGAAGAGCCCGAUGCCUUCUACGGCGUGGAGGAUAUGGACCUGCACAAUGUUGACGUGAUGACCGACGUCUCUAUGGCUGCAACCACGUUCACCCGAUAUACAGUGGCUCCCUCAGCUGUCUCGCGUACGACGUCCAAACGCAGCUCGCGUUCGAAGAGGAAGAUGGAACGCAAAGUCGGGUCCGGGCGGAAGGGGACAGUGGACGAAGAAGAGUAUUUGCUCAAAUCGGUCACGAAGCUCGUUGGGCGAUUCAACACUGUCCAAGUCGAUGCGGCAAAUGUGCUUCCGCACCUCUUCCAGUUCACGGAGGAGCACCGCGCUGAGGGUAUGGCUCUGCGGAAGGAGGUGGCAGACUUCGAGAAAGAGUUGAAGGCGGCUGUGGACGAGAUCUGGGCCAAGCCUCCUGGGCCCGAAGAUACCGGCGAGGGCGGGGAUGGGGCGCCGGGAGAUACUUGGGCAUCUCGGAUGCAGGAGCACGAGAGGCAGCGACAGACUGACCCGCUGGAGAAGGUGGCGAAACCAGACCUAGCGAAGCAGGAGUGGACGUUAGUCCUGCCGCCUAGUGGCAGCACCCCAAGCUAG